AUGCCACUCACAGCAACCUACAAACAAACCCCCUCCACCAAAAUCACCGCCGACAUCUACCUCCCCUCUCCUUCAACAUCUCCAUGUCCCGUCCUAAUUAACAUCCACGGCGGCGCCUUCAUGCUAGGUGACUCGCGCAUGAUCUCAAUCCCCCAAGUAGACGACUGUCUGUCACGUGACUGGAUCGUCGUCGUCCCGAAUCACCGGCUGUGUCCGCAGGUGAAUAUUCGGGACGGUCCGCUGCGCGAUGUGAGGGAUUGUCUGGAGUGGGUGUAUGCAGAUGAUGGAUUGGACAGGUUUUUGAGGGAGAGCGAGGAAGGGAAGGGGUAUUCUGUUGAUAAGGAGAGGGUCAUGGCGUUCGGGACGUCGAGUGGAGGAAUGUUGGCUUGUGGAUUGGGCUACGAUGUCUCCCGUCCACCACGGGCAAUCCUUAACUUCUACGGCGCAGUCCACUUCACCCACCCAUGCUGGACGCAGCCCAUCCCCGGCAUCCAGUCCAAACUACCCCCAAGCCUCACUCCCUCUUUCCUAGAACAAGUGUAUACACAGACACCAAUCCCAACAAGCAGCAACGUAUCCCUAGAAGGCCAAACCGAAACCGGCCAAAGCGCAGGUCCCGAUUUCUCCCGCCCCCGCGACGCCUUCGCCUUCACGCAGAUCGCCAACGGCACUGUGAUUCAGGCGUGUUGUCCUGAUCCUGAGGUGCGGAGGAAAAUCGACCCCGUGCUUAAUGUGAAGAAAGGGUUCCCGCCGACGUUUGUCGUACACGGGCUUGAAGAUAAGAUGGUUUCGAUCGAGGUAAGUCGGGAGUUGGUACGGGUGCUUAAGGAAGCAGGGGUGGAGUGUGGGAUGGUUGAGGUACCGGGGGAGGGACAUACGUUUGCUAUGGCGAUGAAGGUUGGGGGGAGGACUUGGGGGAUGCAGAUGGAGGGGUUUGAGUUUUUGGAGAGGGUUAUUUCUUGA